AUGGUAAGCACCCGCCAUCCCAAGAAGGCCUCAAUUGACGUCUCAAUUUCGGGCUCCAUUCGAGCCCUCCAUGACUCUGUCGGUGACUCGGCGCUUUCCAUCGACUUUGUCCCCCACCCCGCCUUAGACCGCGACCCUCACUACGACAAAAUCAUUCGUGGCCAAACCAAGCAUGGCGCUGAGCUAUGCGCUCACCUCGUCAACGAUAUAUGCGGCGAGCUACCUGCACGAAUUCUGGCUGUGCUAUUCAGCAAGGGCAGAUCUACCAUUGCUCAACUAAUCCAAACCACUGGUCUUACUCCGCGGCAGCUGCGCCAUGGCCUAGCCCUCCUCGUUCAGCAAAGCCUUAUUUACCACGAGUCCGACUCCAAUAACAAGAUCGGCACGUAUGAAGCGAAUCCCGAUGGAUGUUACAAUAUUAUCCGCGCUGGGAAAAUAAUCGAGAUGGUUGGCACCGAAUUCGGCCCCGCGGAACAGGAGAUUGUACAAACUAUUAUGCAGCUCGGCCACGCUAGGGUAUCGGAUCUCUUACAGGCUUUCGAGGGGAGGAACGGGACAGGUCUUAAUGGCGACCAUGCGACGAAUGGCCAUGUCAAUGGCAACGGCUCUAAGGCAAAGGUCAACGGGCAUGGGCCGUCGCAUGCGGCUCAGGAGCUCCACGCUGUCUUGAAUCGGCUAAUUGUGGCGGAAAUUGUUGAUCAGGUCGGGCCCAAGACGUUCAGAAAUCCUGAAGACGUUUACCGCGAAAUCGAAGAGGAGGUCACCAAAACGGCCCCUGGCGAGCGAGCGACAGCACGGAACAAAGAACUCAUGCAAACAGAAGUUUCAAAGAGACUCCGAGAGGCACGCGACGAGAGCAAAAAGUUAAAGCGACAAGUCGGACGAGGUAACAUGUUUUCGACCAAGCGGAGGAAGCUUGCCAAUGGCAAAGGAGCAAGAGAAUCCGUAGACUGGGAUGAGGAUGUACCUGAGAUCGACUCGCACAUUGUUCUCAGGGUCAACACUGAGAAGUGUCUCGUUGAGCUGCGAAACCAGAAGCUAGCCCAGUACGCAGCCGAUGCUUUUGGAGAAGUCACCGGCCUUGUAUACCACACGGCUCUACGGCUGUUGACGCAACAGGUGUCCCGCUGUCAGUUGGAUCCGAGAAUCGACUCUGAUAACGACGCAGACGGUCCAGGCUCAAGCACACGCCAAGUCACUGUGACCAGUCUGGAAAUACUCGAAAACCUUGAUGAAUCCGUUGACGUCUCUCAUGGAGUUGGAAAGGCUUCUGCAGAUCAGAUUGACGUUCGCAGUGCUGAGAAGGUUAGAGCCACGCCAGGCCAGCCUAUGUACGAUUCCGACGACUCUGAUUAUGAACCUCCGAUGGCUCCGAGGGCUUCUGCUCGUCCCAACAUGAACGGCGCAGCAGAUUCGGGCGGUUCCGAAGACGAGGGGCCACGGACAGCUUCUGGAUCCCGCGAGGUCAGAUUCGAAGAUGGGCCCAUAUCCGGCGCUAGCCGUAUCGAUAAAAUGAGGCAGCAUUUGCUACUACUAUCUGAAAGCCGGCAAGGAUUUCUGCGGCACUGUGGCAGUCAAGGCCGAGGGCAGUGGACCGUCGAUUUCAAGCCAUUAAUCGAGGGUUUCAAACAGACAGAGGUGGAUGCCGUCAUCGAGCAGUCAUUCGGUCGGCACGGACUGCGUUUGACUCGAAUUAUGCGAGAGAAGGGCAAGCUGGAUGAGAAGAUGCUCCCGUCUCUCGCUCUCAUGAAGAAAGGAGAAGUUCAGGGCAAAAUGCUUGCCAUGCAGAUGGCCGGCUUCGUUGAUGUUCAGGAGGUUCCCAGAGAUGCCAGUCGAACAGCGACGCGAACAAUGUUCUUCUGGUUCUUUGACAUUGAAAGGACCGAGGCGCAGCUGGUAGAUGACUACUACAAAGCAAUGCUCCGAUGCCUUCAAAACCUGGAAGUGCAUCGCUACCGAGAACGCAACAUUCUGUCAUUCGUCGAGAGAAGGGACGUAAAGGGCAAGGAGGAAGAGGUCAUGACUGCAGAACACUACAACAAGUACAGCAAGUACCUGGAGUUGCAGAGCAAACUUCUGGCUCAUGUCAUGAGACUGGACGAACUACUAUUGAGCGGGUGGCUCCAAAUUGGGGAGGGCAAAAGGAUGAUAGAUACCCAAAAUCAAAAGGAAGCGCAGAUUUUUCCAGGAACGGCGUCUCAGCAUUAUACACAGGCUUCCCUAGCUGAAAUGGGGGUCGCGGUCAACGUACCGGUCGGUAGAUGGAAGCUGCUUCGGCGCGGCGAACCAAUCCCUGCCGUGCUAGGCUCCACUUCCCGGUGCUCGGCGGUCCAGGGGGGGCCUGUCCCUGCAGGCUGUCGACUCCAAAACUUUGAAUCACCCUCCUCUUUUGAGCUCCUGAUAUCCGUGCCCCCACGACCUGACGACAGUCCGAACCUCUGGAACCCGCCUUUCUUUGCUCUUAUUCCUAUCAAGAUGUCUCCGACUGCUGGUACUGGACGGGAGAAGGAGUCGAACACCGCGCGACUUCUGGGCUCCGGCUCCGCUGGUAUCGCUGAAUUGGCCGUCUUCCACCCCGUCGACACCAUCGCGAAGCGCUUGAUGAGCAACCAGACCAAGAUCUCCGGCGUCGAGCAGCUCAACAAGGUCAUCUUCAAGGACACCGCCAACGCGACAGCGGGCCGCAAGUUCGUUUCGCUCUUCCCCGGUCUGGGAUACGCCGCCGGCUACAAGGUCCUCCAGAGAAUAUACAAGUAUGGCGGUCAGCCCAUCGCCAGGGACUUAUUGGCCAAGAACUAUGGCGAGGACUUUGAGCGCGCCUUCGGCAAGAAGACUGGCAAGGCUAUCAUGCACUCCACCGCCGGCAGUUUGAUCGGUAUCGGAGAGAUCGUCCUCCUUCCCCUCGACGUCCUCAAGAUCAAGAGACAGACAAACCCCGAGGCCUUCCGCGGCCGUGGUGUUUUCAGAAUCGUCGCCGACGAGGGCUUCGGCCUGUACAGAGGUUGGGGUUGGACCGCCGCCCGUAACGCUCCUGGUUCUUUCGCUCUCUUCGGUGGUUCCGCCUUCACAAAGGAGUACCUUUUCAAGCUCGAGGACUACAACAAGGCCUCGUGGUUCCAGAACUUCAUCGCCUCCAUCGCCGGCGCCUCCGCCUCCCUCCUCGUCUCCGCUCCCCUCGACGUCAUCAAGACCCGUAUCCAGAACCGCAACUUUGAGAACCCCGAGAGUGGUUUCAGAAUCAUCUCCAACAUGAUGAAGAACGAGGGUGCCACCGCAUUCUUCAAGGGCCUGGUUCCCAAGCUCCUCAUGACUGGACCCAAGCUGGUCUUCUCAUUCUGGCUUGCACAGACCCUCAUUCCCGCCUUCGAUGGCAUGAUUAAGAAAUAA